CCGGAAGGGCUUAAAGCUGUAACAGCGAGUCCUGGGAGGCCUAGAGGCACCAGGGCAAAGCCAGCGCCUGAAACAAUGCACGCAUUUACUGCCCACAACCGGAUGGCGCCUACACUGAUCCUGGAGCCUGCGGAUGGUUGCCUCUGCGACCAACCGGUGCUCAUCGCCGCGCGCGGCCUGGCCCCCGAGCAGCCCGUCACGCUGCGCGCCGCCCUGCGCGACGAGAAAGGCGCGCUCUUCCGCGCCCACGCGCGCUACCGCGCCGACGCCCGCGGCCGGCUGGACCUGGCGCGCGCGCCCGCGCUGGGCGGCAGCUUCGCGGGGCUCGAGCCCAUGGGGCUGCUCUGGGCCCUGGAGCCCGAACGGCCUUUCUGGCGCCUGCUCAAGCGCGACGUGCGGACGCCCUUCGUGGUGGAGCUGGAGGUGCUGGACGGCCACGAGCCCGACGGCGGCGGGCGGCUGCUGGCGCGGGCGGUGCACGAGCGUCACUUCAUGGCUCCCGGGGUGCGGCGCGUGCCCGUGCGCGAGGGCCGUGUGCGCGCCACGCUCUUCCUGCCCCCAGGAACUGGACCCUUUCCGGGGAUCGUGGACCUUUUUGGACUUGGAGGUGGCCUUCUGGAGUAUCGGGCUAGUCUGCUGGCUGGGAAGGGUUUUGCUGUCCUGGCUCUGGCUUAUUAUAACUAUGAUGACCUCCCCAAGGACAUAGAUUCCCUUAACCUGGAGUACUUUGAGGAAGCUGUGAACUACCUGCUCAGACACCCCCAGGUAAAAGGUCCAGGAGUUGGAGUGCUUGGCAUUUCCAAAGGGGGUGAACUUGGCCUUGCGAUGGCCUCCUUCCUGAAGGGCAUCAAAGCUGCUGUCAUCAUUAAUGGCUCUGUGGCUGCAGUUGGAAACACCAUAAACUACAAGGAUGAGACUAUCCCUCCUGUGUCUCUUCUGAGAAAUCGAGUCAGAAUGACCAAAGAUGGCCUCAUGGAUGUUGUGGAAGGUCUUCAAAGCCCUUUGGUAGAACAGAAGAGCUUCAUCCCUGUGGAAAGGUCAGACACGGCCUUCCUGUUGCUUGUAGGUCAGGAUGACCACAACUGGAAGAGCGAGUUCUAUGCCAAUGAGAUCUCCAAACGCUUACAGGCCCAUGGGAAGGAGAAGCCCCAGAUCAUCUGCUACCCGGAAGCGGGGCAUUAUAUUGAGCCCCCUUACUUCCCACUGUGCAAGGCUGGCAUGCACCUCCUGGUGGGUGCUAAUAUCACCUUUGGAGGGGUGCCUAAGCCUCAUGCCAUGGCCCAGGUAGACGCAUGGCAGCAACUCCAGACUUUCUUCCACAAACACUUGGGUGGUGAAGAGAGGACAAUCCCAGCAAAAUUGUGAUUUUAUUUAAGUUUUACUUUAUUUAACAUCUCUUGUAUAAUAUUAGAGGGACAAGCCUUAAUAUUAAUACUUCCCAGGGACUCAGGAGAGAGAACUACUAACGGCGAGGACUGUUUUUGGGAAAUAGAAUCUCAGCACACCGAAGUCUAUAGUCCGCUUGCUUUAAUUCCUCUGGCAUAACAUCCUAUUUACACAGCUUCAGUUCUGUUCUCAUGCCUAGCUCCUUUCUUGCCUGAUUUCUCUCUAUAUUUAUCUACUGCUCUCUCUAAGUUCUACCUUAAUUCUGCCUCUUCUAGGUCCUUUUCAUCUCGUUCUUACCCAGCUACUACUUCCCCAUCUGACUCUUCCUCAUCUUCCAUCUCAUACACACAUUCUCUCUGGUCAAAUCCUCCUUGUCCCUCUCCGUUCUCCAUCUUUCCAUUCCCCCUAAGUCUCUCCGGAGUCCAGUUAUAAACCCAAGCAAUAGCAGUCCCCUGGUCGAGCAAGGUCACCCGGCCUGAAUUCCUGUGUGGUCAUAAAGGCAGGUAAGAGUUUCCUCAGGCAGUGACCACCAGGCUUCCAGGGUCAAAUGGAGGGGAGUUAAGAAUCACAUAGAGGAGCAGUAAUUGUUAAUUAUCAUUUGCAACCCAAAGGGGAAGUGACUAAUGAAUUAACUAAAGGCUGAAUUCAGGUAAUAUUUAAGAAGAGGGAUCUUAUGUGCUCAACUAUAAUCUUAAACAUGAUUGGUAGAAAAUGUUAAAAAUCUAUAAGUUGCUAGGUCAGUGGGAGAAAAUAAAACUGCCUUCUUUUUUCUGUG